AUGUCCCAUCCUUCCGAAUCUAAUACUUUCCGAUGUCGAUAUGCCCAUUGUACGGCCACAUACCGGCGCAAGGAACAUUUGAACCGACAUCUGGCUAGUCAUAAGGAAGAACGUCUCUGCUGCCCUUACUGCGACGCAACCCUGACCAGAAGGAACGUACUUCGAUCAGACUCAAAGAUCCAGAGACUCUGCAACACGAAGACUAACUAUCUCUACAGCGAUCUCUUACGCCGCCACAUACGGAAAUUGCACCCGGAUAUGAAACCGCCAACAUCGCGAGCAGUCAAAGCCUGCAAAGCCUGUCAUCUUCGGAAAGAGCGCUGUGAUGGCGAAGAUCCAUGUAACCAGUGCCAGAGACGAAAAGUGAUCUGCUCGCAUCCAGACCGUCAAGAGUCGGCUCGCAACGAAUGCACAAUGCACCCGACGCAAGCAUACACGCACAUGGACUUGGUAGAACCGGCUCUGAACGGUUCGUCGUGGGUCGGUCAAGAGUUUGUCGAUAUUUACUUCGAUCAGUUCCAUCCUAUCUGGCCGUUCCUCCACCGAGGAACAUUCAAAGUCGAAAAAGAACCCUGCGUACUCGUCCAGUCAAUGUUGAUGAUUGGCUUGUGGAUCAAAGGUGACUCGGAUGCACGCCGCAUGGCGAUGGCUUUCCAUGACAGAUUACUUUCUGCGAUUCAAACACAGAGGGCCCAAUGGUAUAUUGCCGAAUCUACGCCUCACGGCAACAAAGAUACACCUUGCCACAUGGUAACCUAUCAAAGCAUCCUUCUCCAAGUUAUAUUCUCCCUCGUUGUCGCCAAAAUCGAGACUCCAUUUGAUCUCAAUCUCCGUUGUGAACUACCGGCGUCUAAUUACGAGCUUCUUACAUCGCUCGCGCGAACUUGUCGACGGCUGGGCUUGUUCUAUUAUCCAAAUAUGCUGGCCCGACACGAAGUCUUUGCCCCUCCGGCACUUGUCUGGGUCAGUGUGGAGGAGACAAAGCGGUUUGGAUUAGCGCUCUAUAAACUGUGCCGACUCGUUGCCCCGUCUAUUGAGCAUGCCACGGUUUAUAAAGAUCGGGGCGAUUUGAGUAAUGAGCUUUUGAACCUGGGAGACUUGGAAUUUUCUAUGCCGGAUCCCGACGAAGUGUGGAACGCCUCGGUUGAAACAGGAUCUCACAACAUUCGAGCCUCCCCAUUACAAGGCGCGGGAAAGAAUUCUUCAAAUCCCGACGAGUGGAUAUCGAAUGCGUUGAUGAAGUUUUCCAAUUCCUCUGUUGGGUUUGAUUGGAUUUAG